AUGACGGGCAAGCAAUGCAACAAUUUCAAGAAAGCAUUGGUAAAGAAGGUGAAAGAUUCAGCGUUGAACGGCCUUGGAGGAAUUCGGAAGUUCAACUGCCGUCGGCCUUUACUGAAAACCAUCGCCAACAAACUCCGUGCUCACUCCGAAGUGUUGAAGCAGUACGACAACAUACUAAAAGAACAACUCAAUCAAGGGAUCAUGGAAAAAGUUAACGAUUACCAAGAAUCAACCAUUAUCUGCCUCACUAAGUAG